CCAUAGUGUAAUUUCACAAUUGUCAAUGUCAAAAUGACGUAUAAAUGGUUCAAAUUUGUGAUAUAAAAAUAUUCUUUAGAAAUAGAAUUAAGCUGUUGAUUAGUGCUAUUUUCUAAUAGCUUAAUAAUACGUAUGGUGUUGUGAUGGAACUCACUUUUUUACGUCCCACGACUUGUGAUUAAUUAAAGGAUGUAUCUCUCGCAUAGUUCCUCAAAAAACUAAGCUAAUAUGUCUGGAAACGCUCCUGCUGCCCCCGAAGGGAUAAACCUAGAAAACCACCUCGGCGGUGGACCGUUAAUAAACCUAAAUAGAAUUAGGAAUAACAAUAAUCUAAACCCAUUAUUUAACGUUAGAGAUAGGCUGUUCCACACUCUGUUCUACAGAGCCGCGUUAGCUUAUGCAAGGACAUUUCCCAAACCCCUGAGGAGGUUCCUGGAAUUCCUCAUAUUAAUAAAAGCAAUCGCCGCAUUUUUCGUGUUAGUGUACAUACAUACGGCAUUUUCAAAGACGCCCUCUACGUGUCUGCAACAUGUGAAGGAUACCUGGCCCAGAGACGGCAUCUUGCGGGUAGAGAUUGUCAGGAACGCCGGUCAGGAUUACAAUAUCGAACACAGCUACGCCAAAGAGGAGAAGCUCAAGCAGCAGGUGAAGGUGGACGACUUUGUUCACAUGAUAGGCCUUCUUGCCAGGGAGGGGUUCAAUAUUGAGCCGUCGGCUGUCGAGGACAGCACCAAGGAAACCCAGCCGCUAGAUUCUGAUAUGCAAACUUAUGUAGAGAACAACGGUUCGGAUUCGGAACCGGCGCAGAGCAUCAUUCCGAAUUCCCUCCUGAACGUAAGCGGGGUCUCGUCGACCAUUUGGGACGGGUUUAACAUGUUGACGGAGAACCCUCAGGCUUAUUCCGAGAGGACGAUUUUUCCCUCGGGUUACGCUAUCGAUGACGUGGAAAACGACGCCACGAAUUCGACGGAGGCUCAGGACGUCGAGGAAACUGAACGGAGCGAGGAGAAAAUUGUGAGCGUGAGCAAGUUGAAAGGUUCAACGUUCCACGAUGACGAAUACAUAGUGGAAUACUCCUUGGAGUACGGUUUCCUCAGACUGAAUCCCGCCACCAGGGCCAGGCUGAAGAUACCCGUGCAGAUCGUCUUUCUGGACCCCGGCAAGGACGAAUGUUUCGGGGACUCGUUCAGUCGUCUGAUCCUGGAGGAGUUCCUGGGUUACGACGAUUUGCUGAUAGCCUCCAUAAAGACGCUAGCCGAUCAGGAGGACAAUAAAGGAUACCUGAGGAACGUUGUAUCGGGCGAGCAUUACAGGUUCGUCAGCAUGUGGAUGGCGAGGACGUCCUAUUUCGCGGCUUUCUUCAUAAUGAUUGUUUUCACCGUCUCUGUGUCCAUGCUGCUGCGCUACUCCCAUCACCAGAUAUUCGUGUUCAUCGUGGACCUGCUGCAGAUGCUGGAAUUCAACGUCACUGUCAGCUUUCCGGCGGCCCCUUUGCUGACCGUCAUCCUUGCCCUAGUCGGCAUGGAAGCCAUCAUGUCAGAAUUCUUCAAUGACACCACAACCGCUUUCUACAUAAUCCUAAUAGUUUGGAUGGCCGAUCAGUACGAUGCUAUUUGCUGCCACACAGCUAUUACCAAACGCCAUUGGUUAAGGUUCUUCUACCUCUACCACUUUUCUUUCUAUGCUUAUCACUAUCGAUUCAACGGGCAGUACAGUAGUUUAGCUCUAGUAACGUCUUGGCUUUUCAUACAGCACUCUAUGGUCUACUUCUUCCACCACUACGAGCUACCCGUCAUCCUCCAACAGGCCCACUUCCAGCAGUUCCUGCUGCGCAGCUCUCAGCAGCAGCGGGAGGUGUUGGCGGCACCUCUGCCAACUUCGCCACCCAUCAGGACCCGGUUCACGCAACUGAUAUCCGCCGUGAGGCCCUCCGUCACCACCCAGACCUCCACCACUGUCAGCCAGAUCGCCACCUCCACCUCCACCAACACCACCGAGUCCUCCACGGUCGGUACCUCGGCUCAGCCGGUCAGCUCCAACAGGUCCAGUCAGACGAUUCCCAGGUCUGUGGAGACGGCGGAGUCCCAAACCUCUGGCGGCCACCCCUCUGUCGUCGCGUCCAGCCAGACCAACGAGGAGAUCACGAGGAGAGCGCCGUCUGGAGGUCCCGAUCAACCGUGAGCAAGUAUUUUAUCGUAAUAUAGUUGAAUUGGUGGACAUACCCUUAAAAGACUUUUAUUUACAUUACCUAUUUCUAUAGCCACUAUGUGUAUAUAAUAGUGUUUAUUUUUAAUGCUUAAAGAAAUUGUAAAUAUUGUUAUUUUUGUUUAAUAGGUGGAUGUAGAUCAUGAAAUAAA